GCUUACUGCGGCCUACUUCUGUUUAUCCCUAUCAUUUCAUAAAGUUUAUCUCGAGGCUGGGGCUGGGGUUGAGGUUGAUUGUUUGCAAUAUCAAAUAUAUAUUGUGAUUUAUUCUCUAAUUAUCAAGUUUCAUUAUGGGUUGCGAUGGUGGUACCAUUCCUCGCAGAGACGAGCUAGUUAGAACGAAAAAGAAACCGGAACAGAAAGACAAGGAGGCAGAGGUGGCAUUCAAAUGGAAGCAUUGCACGAUACAACAAUUGCCAUUGCAACCACCGAUUGUAGGUUGUGGUUUGGGUCGUUUGUACAACAAGGAAUCUGUAUUAGAGGGCCUUCUGGAUCGCAGUAUGCUUCCAGAAUCUGCUGUACACAUUAAAAACUUGAGAGAUGUGAAGGAUCUUAAGUUGACACCAAACCCAGCAUUUGAUGGCAACAAGGCUGAAAAGGGAGAUGGUUAUACCAGUGGUGGCAACAGUCCAUAUAUCUGUCCGGUUAUUGGUUUGGACAUGAAUGGAAAAUACAAGUUCUGCUUUUUAUGGUCAUGUGGCUGUGUAAUGAGCGAACGUGCUCUCAAAGAAGUGAAAAGUAUGUUAUGCCACAAGUGUCAGCAACCAUUUGAACAAAUGGACAUAGUUGUAUUAAACGCGGGAGGUGACGAUCUGCAACUCAUGAAGGAACGUAUGGCACUUAGGAAGGCUAAUCAGAAGAAGUCCAAGAAGAACAAGUUGGACAACGUAGCUGUAAAGGAGGAGAAGAAGACAGACGAAGUACCCAGAAAAAAGAUGAAAACAGAAGAUAAAAUAGUUCAAAAGUUAAGUGAUAAUCAAAACAAGGCCAACGAUCCUGCUUAUAGCAAAGCCAAAAGCGAUUAUAGCGUCGCAAAGGAUCCCAAAGCAUCAGAAGUCUUUAAAAGUAUUUUUACCACUCACAAAUCCGCUGUGCAACAAGAUAAAGCGCACUGGGUUACGUAUAAUCCGUUUUAUAAUUAAUGUAUAUAAAUUUAAAAGAUUUUAUUUUUACCAAUUGGUGAUCGUACGUCGCACAGCUUCUUUAGAAAUAUUAAUAUAUGGAGGCAAAGAAGGUAUACACUGUUUAAUUUUAGUUAUUUUUGUGACGUCAUUAGAAUGAGAAAAAUAAAAUUAAUAAAUAGUAUGCGAUAAUUAUGAAAAUACUAUAUAUUAUCUACGAAUACUCAUAUUGGACAUUAUAUACGUUUUUCAAGGCACAUGACGUAAUCUAAUAUGCACACAUUACUUGAUAUUUAGAUAAUUAGUUAAUUAGAUAAUUAAGUGCUUUUUAUGUACAAUACAGUGACGAUUCUUAUAAAAAUGACGGAAAUACAUCUAUGUGGGUAUCC